AUGUUACCCGAGCAACCAGGCGAGACGACGGGGUUGACGGUGGUCGUUGCUGGUGCGGCGGCCGCCAACUACCGCACUGCGUCGAAUACGGUGCGCGUCACGGUUGCCGAAGAGCGCACGAUUGAUGAGGCGCUGUCCGCCGUCAAUGCCCGUCGCGAGUCGGAGAAGAAGGUUCUCCUGGGCGCCCUCGUCUUCUGCUUUAUCUUUAUGGUCGUCGAGUUUUCCAGCGGUGUGAUUGCCCACUCGCUGGCCCUACUCACAGACGCCAUCCACUUGCUGACCGAUGUCGGGUCCUAUGCACUAAGCAUUGGUGCCCUUGUCGCAGCUGGACGUGCGGCGUGCGGCCGCUACAGCUACGGCUGGCACCGGGCGGAGGUGAUUGGCACCCUCAUCUCCGUCUUUUCCAUCUGGGCGUUGGUGACGUGGAUUGUCAUUGAGGCAGGGUACCGCACCUAUGACAUGUACCUGUGCAGUCGCGUACCGGCGCAAGCUUCCGCUGGCGUCGUGAACGCUCGCCAGUGUCAGGCUGUGGACUCGCGUCUCAUGAUUUUAGUGGGUGUACUUGGCAUGGUGGUGAACGUUGUGUGCGCCUCCAUCCUCUACUUUGGCGGCUCUCACGGCCACAGCCACUUCGGCUCCUCGCACGGGCACAGCCACGGCGAGAGUGAGGCGCACGACCAUGAUCACAGCCAUGGAGACCUUCACGAGGGGGGCGACGGACAUAACCACGAACACGACGACAGUCACGAUCACGGGCACGAUCAUGGACACGGUCACGGAUAUGCAGCGGAAAACGGUGGCGGCAUUGGCAGCCACAAGGGUUUCGCCGUGCACGCCGCUAUCCUGCACGCCAUGGGCGAUUGCGUUCAGUCCAUCGGUGUCAUUCUCGCUGGUAUUUUCAUCUACUUCAGUAACCUUUCCUACUACGGCAAUCACACGUACGGGCACUCCAUCUUCAACCUUGCCGACCCGCUCUGCUCCCUCAUGUUCGCUCUCAUCACGCUGAACAUGACCAAGGCGCUGCUGAUGGACCUGCUCAACAUUCUGAUGGAGAGCACCCCGGCAAGUGUCGACUACUACGCACUAGAGACGGCGCUACAGCAGAUCGACGGUGUCGCCAGUGUGCACGACCUGCACGUUUGGUCCCUGUCUGCCGAGUACGUCUCCCUCUCGGUGCACCUGGUGGCGGACAACUCCGCCGAGGCACUGCAGAAGGCGCAGUACAUCUGCAAGGAGCAUUUCGGCAUUAGCCACACCACCAUUCAGAUCGACUCGGUGGCUGUCGGCACAGCCGGGUGCGCCAGCGCCUGUGCUUCACCGACUGCGCAUGAUGAGGUUUUGAGCCACUACAUGUGA